AUGAUGCUUAGCUUAGACGAAGGUGCUGCCGAGUCCCUCUCCCUCGCGGCGACCCUCGCGGCGAAUUACUUGGCAAGGCCCCGCGGUGUGACCCGGGCAGCAGCCUCGGUGGACGACCCAACACGAGGACUGCCACGGGAGGAUCCGACGGGGAAUUCGCCGUGGCUGUUGGAGAUGCCUGAGGAGUCGCAAGAUGCUGGCAAUGAACCCAUUCGCGAGGAUGCCGAGAGUGGACAGAUGAUGGGAACCCAGUGCGGUCAGCCUGAUUGGUUGAUAAAUGGAUACUGCUCAUGCGUAUGA